CCGUUGGCAUCUUCCCGGCCACGUGACGGCGCUGUCUCAAGCGCGGCGCCCUCCUAUCCAGCGACUCCGGUGCCUACGUCACCACAUUCCACCGAAUGCAAUGUAACAACGUGUAAAGCGUGAAGGUGUCUCACAAAACACUACAAGAAACAUAUGCAAGAUGAGGGAAGCAGCCAUCCUGCUCACACCGUGUGUGUUUCUGUGUCUCUUCCUGAGCUUCAGCCAGGCAGCAAGACAGGGACAGGACAUGAAAUGUGGAGCGUGCCGGGCUCUGGUAGAUGAGAUGGAGUGGGCCAUCUCGCAGGUAGAUCCAAAGAAAAUGAUCCAAACGGGAUCCUUCAGGAUUAACCCAGACGGCAGCCAGUCCAUCAGAGAGGUUCCCCUGGCUCGUUCUGAGGGGAACCUACUUGAACUGAUGGAGACUGUGUGUGAGAGGAUGGAGGACUACGGUGAGCGCAGUGAUUCUUCCACAUACAGGAAGUCCUAUAUUAGGAUAAAGUCUCGGACUGGUGAGGCAAUGGACCUCUCAGAGGCUAAGCUGGAUUCAAGAGUUACUGGCAGUUUAAAAUUUGCAUGUGAAACAAUUGUUGAGCAGCAUGAAGAUGAAGUCAUUGAAUUCUUCGCUCACGAGACGGAUAAUGUCAAAGACAAACUCUGCAGCAAGAGGACAGACCUCUGUGAUCACGCUCUGGAAAUACCCCACGACGAACUUUGAUAUCAUCUCACCAUGGCAGCCAUCGCUCUCUAUCUGAAAUGGAGAAGUCGGUUGCCGUUAUGUUUUCAGUUGUCUCUAAUCACCGGUUUACAUUAUUGGUAGUGGCAGAAGGUGUAUGCAGUUCCUAUGAAAUAUACUUAAAAUUCCACCUGAAAAUAAAAGUGUUAUUCCUAUGAUCUCUGACAAUUUAAGGACCAUUUUGUCAUGUUUUGCCUUGUAUCUUUGGACUAUCCUGUCUCCUAUUUAUAUACUGUAAGUUAUUUUACAAUUUUGUAUAGUCUGUGUUUCAUAUUAAAAAAAAAAUGUAAAAAUUGCCUCCACAUGCUCUUCAUCAGAUAAAAUUGAAACUGUGAAACUGCAAAAAUGAAGUUAUACUUCUGAGUGCAUAUAGCUACAUGAUUUCUUACAGGAUGAACUGUUAAGCAUUAUAAUUUAAUUACACCCAGGUGGACAUUUGGUCAAAUGGUCCUUAAAUCUAUAUUAAUUGAAAUUGAUACAUUUAUGCCCACUCAACAAUGAACUAGUCAUUUUACAGUUCCAGUUUAUUCUUUAUUCAUUGAAUGUCAAGAUCACGGGAAUGACUUUUUAUGUGCAAUUUGAGGAGAAUUAGUUUUACUAUUGUCCAAAUAACAAAAUGUGCCUUUAUAGCCGAACCAAUUCAUGUCAACACUCUUGAAAUAUUAAUCCUAUUUAGGCCCCUUGCUAUAGAGUUCAUAUUUGUCUGACUCCAAAAUAUUGACUAGUAAAAUGGCUGAAAUGUAUGGCCUAAUGUUUACAGGGUUUAUUUGUUUUACUUUCCCAACUUGCUGCCCUUCUGAUCCAGAGCAGAACAUAUCUUUAUACCAACACUAAAAGUAUAAAAUUAGUUUAGAAUAGUUUAUAGAUUUAGGAGUUGCAAACCAGUUGCAACCACCUUUUAAUCACAAUAUUUAAAGUGUUUUUGUUUUUUUUUUACUUUCGAGCACCAAUAGUAAAGUUAAUUGCUCUUGUCUAGUAAAACUCCAGUGUAACAUCACCAGAGUGUGCUGUCGUCCACAAUCUGGUAGUUGAGUCCAAAUGAUAAAGAUCACAGUUGGAAAGUCUUCAUGCUGUACUGUAGAUGUAGAGUAAAAGUAUAUUUGGUAUAAUGUAUUUUCAAUGUUUGAAAAAAUCUGAACAUUCUGUAUUGUGAACAUCCUUCUGAUAUACUGAUAACUUUUUAUAUAUAAACUUUGUAAGAUCUCUGCA